CUCUUUCCACUUUAUUGUGCAUCAUAGCAUUUCCCUCUGCAGCAGGCUACUGUGCACAGGGCUCAGUGCAACAAGUUUGCAGGAGCCGUCAGUACAGGUAGACUUGGUUUUGGGCUGGAGCGGAUCGUGGCGAAUCCACUUAUCCUUCUGUCGCUGUCACCACAAAGUCACUACGUAAACGGCGCGUCGCAGCCACACGCACACGCACACAAACACGCACUGCACAGAACAGAACAGUGUUCCGUAAAUUCGUGACUCCGCGCCAGAUGCAGCUCGCUCCCAACACGCGCGUGCAGUUGUAGUUAUUAUGGAGAUCGCGGAGGCAAGAGGAGCAUCUAAGUGCGUGGAUAAAAUGGAGAAAGAAGUGGCGCACAAGCGACAACAUUGCGGCACAACAGUGCUGCACAUUAUCUCGCCUUUGUGCUCAGUGGCGUCCAUCGCCUUUUGCGUCCUUCUGAGCCUUAACACAGCUGAUUUGAAGAACCGGGUUGUGGAUUUGGAGAGAGGGAACGACGAGACCACCUUGAUCCGAGCCCCCGGCUACUCCAUGGAUCAUUUUAAUUCAUUGAUUGAACAAAGAGUGGACGAGCUCCUCUCACAGCGCUCCUAUGAACAUUUUGUCAAGAUUCGGACUGCCAGACAAGCGGAACCAGAAUGCAGCUGCCCUCCAGGACCUCCAGGAAAGCGAGGAAGAAGAGGCCGCAAUGGAGAACCUGGACCUCCUGGCCCUCCAGGUCCCAAGGGUGAAAAGGGGGAUCAAGGCGACCAGGGACCACGGGGAUUGCCUGGUCCCCCUACGCUGGCUGCUUUGCACAGCAAUCAGAUCCUGACUGUCAAGGGCGAUCAAGGGCAAGCUGGACCACCUGGGCCUCCGGGGCCACCGGGCCCUCCUGGGCCAAGGGGGCCCCCUGGGGACACAGGGAAAGACGGGCCCAGAGGUUUACCUGGUCUAGCGGGGGAUCCAGGGCAGCCUGGAGAACCAGGAAUCAUGGGACCUGAGGGGCCACAGGGGCACAAGGGUUCACUCGGGCCUCCUGGCAACCCAGGUGUCGACGGACUAAAGGGGGAUGUUGGCAUCCCAGGACUGGACGGUGUCCCUGGAGCCAAGGGGGAAACAGGAGAGCGAGGUGAAAAGGGCGAUAUGGGUGAAGACGGACCGAAAGGCGACAUAGGAGAAAAGGGAGAUGCAGGCUCCACUGCGGCUGGCAUCAAGGGCGAACCUGGAGAGCCUGGACGAAGUGGAUUAAAGGGAGAGCCAGGACUUCCAGGGCUGCCUGGACUUCCAGGGAUAAAGGGCGAGCCUGGAUUCUUCGGCCCCCAGGGAGAGCCCGGGCUUCCAGGACUCCCAGGAACCAAGGGUGAGAGAGGCGACCACGGGCCACAAGGAAAAGGUGAAAGAGGAGAACUUGGACCCAUUGGACCAAAGGGCUCACAAGGAGAGGCUGGUACACCUGGUCUUAAAGGUUCAAAGGGGGAGACUGGAGACAAAGGGGAGCAGGGAUCUUUUGGCCCCAAGGGCCCCCCAGGGCAGAAAGGAGACCAAGGAGCCACUGAGAUCAUCGACUACAAUGGAAACAUUCAGGAGGCUUUACAGAAGAUAACCACUAUUACAGUAACGGGUCCUCCUGGACCUAUGGGGCCGAUGGGACCCGAGGGUAUGAAGGGGGACCGUGGUAUGCCUGGUCUCCCUGGACUCGAUGGAGAAAGAGGAGCCUCCGGCUUGGACGGCAAGCCCGGGAUUAGGAUGUUGCCAUCUCAGUUCAGGUCUCUGUAG